ACCUACUGCGAAACUUUUUCUUAUUGCUUUGCCCAUCUCACUUCAUUAAGCAUCCUAGUGAGCUGCUGUCCCUCCCUCCCGCCCUCCUUGCUAGCCUGAUAUAUAUCCGGUACGGCCGUCAGGGAGAGACAGAAAGCAUCCAAGCCGAGAUGAAGCAGUUCAUAGUAGCCAUCGUGUUCAUCGGGGUGCUGGCUCUGUGCGCGGCCCUCCCUGUACCAGAGCCUCUCCCCGUGGCCCUCCCCGCAGCCCUGCCAGAGCCCCAGUUUUCCGGCUUCGGAGGAGGUAGAUUUGGAGGAAGGUUCGGAGGUCGAGGAGGAGGAAGGUUCGGCGGCGGCCACGGCUUCGGCGGUCAUGGUUUCGGACACGACCACGGCUUCGGCGGUCAUGGUUUCGGACACGACCAGGGCUUCGGCGGUCAUGGUUUCGGACACGACCAGGGCUUCGGCGGUCAUGAUUUCGGACACGACCACGGCUUCGGCGGACACGGUUUCGGCCACGGCGGUGGUGCUCCUCACGCCCACAUUUCUUUUGGACAUGGAGGUCUCGACUUCCUCGUCCACGACCACUAACACUCCUUGAUUGGGGCUGUACAUGGUAUUGUGACUCUGUAUAUACGUCUACCUACCACAGAGCCUUGUAUAUAUGUUUGUUUCUAAUGGAUGAGAAAAUGUCUUGAA